ACGUGUACAUGUGUGUGUCGAUUCGCGUGUCGGUUCGUCACGUGGGAUAUUUUACAGCUCGCUUUCACUAAGUGUCGGAUUUAAACGGUAUUUUGGGAAUCUUUAUAGGAAUGUCGUAUUUUGAGGGGGAUAUAAACUUUUGCCCGGAGUGCGGUAACAUCCUUCCAAUCCCGGGAAUUCAGGAUUUCAUUACUUGUCCUCGAUGCGCCUUUAACAUCCCUGUCCGAGACCUUUCAGGGCACGUGAUCAAGUCAUCGGUGGUGUUUAAUUCGUUAGAGAAGAGUUCGUCGGUCGUAGAGAGAGAGGAAGACGGAGAGCUAAAAGGCCCCGUGAUCGACAGGAGGUGUUCGCGCUGCAAUAAAGAAGGAAUGGUUUACCACACGAGACAAAUGAGAUCUGCUGAUGAAGGCCAGACUGUGUUUUUCACGUGCAUACACUGCAGAUACCAAGAAAAAGAGGAUUCAUGAAGGAGAGAAGGAUAAAAUUUUGUUUGAUCAACAACUACAUAUUUUCCAUUGUUUGUGUGUGUGUGUGUGUGUGUGUGUGUGUGUGUGUGUGUGUGUGUGUGUGUGUGUGUGUGUGUGUGUGUGUGUGUGUGUGUAAGAGAGAGAGAAACAAAGACUGAAGACAACUCAUUUGACACCUGGCUUGUUUUUACAGUAUGCUCCCUGUGUUUGAAUGUGGCAUUUAUAUCUAAAUAAUAAUAAAAAAUUAACAAACGUG